AAGCUUAGUCACAUGAUUAGUUAAAUGAAUGAUAGCGCUUUUUCAGUGUGGUCACUUCUCUCUUUAUUCACUCAGAGAGCGGCACAACAUAUCAGCUUUUAGUCGUAGAGAUGUCGGGCGGAGCAGAGGUGCUGGUGGAGCUGAAACAGAGAGCUGUGUGCUGUAUAGAUGAAGCCAAAGCAAAGCUGCACAGCCUCAGUAAGGACAUAUGGAGCUGUCCCGAGCUGGCUUAUGAGGAGAGGAAGUCUCAUGACAGACUGGUAGACUUCUUCAGGCAGGAGGAAGGCUGGAAGGUGGACGCUCACUUCAAACUUGACACUGCGUUUCGAGCCACUUGGAGAGCUGAAGGAGGAGGAGGAGGUGGAGGAGGAAGAGGAGGAGAUGUGGUCAACGUGGGUUUCCUGUGCGAGUACGACGCCCUGCCUGGUAUUGGACACGCAUGUGGACACAACCUGAUAGCUGAGGUUGGAGCUGCUGCUGCUCUGGGACUCAAGGCUGUGCUGGAGAACAUGUGCAGACUCCCUGUUAGGGUGCAGGUGACGGUGCUGGGGACUCCAGCUGAGGAGGAUGGUGGAGGUAAAAUAGACUUGAUGAAUGAGGGAGCCUUUGAUAAUAUGGAUGUGGUGUUCAUGGCUCAUCCUCUGCAGGAUGACGCUCCAUAUCUGCCGCUUGUGGCCGAGCAUGAUGUAACUAUAAAGUACCACGGUAAGACGUCUCAUGCCUCAGCCUACCCCUGGGAGGGAAUCAAUGCGUUGGAUGCAGCCGUGCUGUGCUACAACAACCUGUCUGUGCUCAGACAACAGAUGAAGCCAGACUGGAGAGUUCAUGGUAUCAUAAAGCACGGUGGAGACAAACCAAACAUCAUCCCUGCCUACACUGAGCUGGAGUACUAUCUGAGAACCCCCUCACGAGAUGAACUGUCCAUCCUCAAGACCAAAGCUGAGAUGUGUUUCAGAUCAGCUGCUAUGGCAACUGGCUGCAAGGUGGAAGUGGAGUAUGCAAAAAAUGCCUUUGACAACAUAUUACGAAAUAGAACUCUGGAAGAUUUGUACGAGAAGAACGGCAAGGCUUUGGGGAUGGAAUUCACCACAGAUGAAGAAGUCCUCACCAAUGCUUCAGGCUCCACUGACUUCGGCAACGUGACAUUUGUAGUUCCUGGGAUCCAUCCGUACUUCUACAUCGGCUCCAAGGCUCUGAACCACACUGAAGAAUACACUGUGGCCUCUGGUGAUGACAGAGCUCAGUUCUACACACUGCGGACAGCCAAGGCUCUGGUCAUGACGGCUCUGGAUGUGCUGCUGUGUCCAGAGCUGCUGCAGAGGGUGAAGCAGGAGUUCACUGAGGCCAAACUGAAGCAGGACAGGAAGCUGACAGGAGCGCACACGGAGCAGUCUGCUAACAGCUGUUAAUGCAGGUGGAGGAGCUGCUGAACUUCCUGCACACUUGACGCACG